AUGGCCAACGCAUUGGCAUUCUUCUGGUUCUUCUUCGGGCUGUUGAGCAUCAGGUUGACCGACGCAGCACAGCCAAGACCCGACAACCAGGAGGAGGCAUUGCUUGACCAGCCAUCGCCCGACUUCACCUUCUCUCAGGAAUGGCAGAUUCUUGGACCUUUCGAGAUCGGGACGAGAGAGGUGACGUGGGGAGCCGACCCCCUUGAGUUCUAUGGCGGCUUCCAUAGCCUGAAAUACGAUCCAAAUGCAACAUUCAGAAGCUCGCUCGUGUUCAACGCAAGAACCACAUGGUCUAAACAUGAUGCAAAGCUCAGCUAUAAGAGCAACCAAGCCUCCAGCGCUGAGCUCGACGUAGCCUAUCCUGACAUCGACUGGCAAUGGCUCCGCAGCACAUACGGCUGGGCUGCGUUGCAAUGGCAGGCAUGGGCACGCGGCGAGAUAUAUGUCGAACAUGACUUCGUCGAUGUGCUCACCCUGGACACGCCCGGACUUCUGGAGUACUGGAUCGACGACCAGCACUACUUCGGCGGAGACUUCUAUGGUUAUCGGACGGCUCCGGUCACCCUGCACUUGAGCCAAGGCGUUCAUCGUGUCGAUGUCAGAUUAGUUCGAGAUGUUCGAGCGAUGGGUGGUCUUGAUGCCUACAUCAAAAUCUCCCUCAAAUUGAAGCGCUCGACGCGUGGACUAGUCCGUACGAACCCGAAGUUUGACGAAGGCGUCCUGAUAUCAGACGCUGUCGGCGGUGAUUACGGUCCACUCACAGGUCGAUAUGCCUCCGUCAUGGUUCGCAACGACGCUGGCCAUGACAUUUCCGUUAUCGGGAUUGAUGGUAUGCGCAACAAAUGUGUGCUCGGCCUUGUAUCAGAGGGACCGAUCAAGCUCGUCCCUGGUCAGACACGACCCAUCGCUUUUGGCGUGGGCUGCACUUUGACCUACGAUCGCCGUAUCGAGGGCGAAUUAGUGUACCGGUACGAAGGCACAUCGUUAGAGCACACAAUGCAUCUGGGGGCUUGGCCAGAUGCGCAUAAAAGCAUCUACGAGCCGCACAAAAUUACGUACCUCGGUCCCGGAGGUGUGGUGUCUUAUGGAAUACUGAGGGCGCCUUCACUGGAUGCGCAGUGCGAUCAAAGCUCAAACCAGUCUGCACCGGUGUUGAUUGCGUUGCAUGGCGCAGGUGUCGAUGUUGACAGCGACGUCGUGCGCAGUACCUUCGAUGACCUGGCGGACCUAUGCGCUUGGGUGCUGAUCCCAAGCGGCGUCACAACGUGGAGCGGAGACGACUGGCAUGUCUGGGGCCUUGCGGACGUCGAAGCUGCAGUGGCCGCGAUACCGCAAUGGAUCGAGGCGGUCGAGUGGACUGGUCCUGGCGUUGACGUCGAACGAUGGUUCGUCAGUGGCCACUCCAAUGGCGGACAGGGGGUGUGGCACGUACUCACCCACCGCCCAGACAAGGUCAUUGCGGCAGCCGCUCUUUCAGGCUACUCUUCCAUCCAGAAUUACGUCCCGUACUCCUUUUGGCAUACCUCCGAUCCUGGACGAGAGGCCGUGGUGCAAUCAGCUCUGCUGAGCUAUCGCCACGAGCUUUUACUGGAGAACGCGAAGGACAUUCCAGUCUUCCAGCAACAUGGUAAUCUGGAUGACAAUGUCCCUGUAUACCACUCGCGACUGCUUGCCCAGCGCAUUCAGCAGGCUGGCACUGACAGUACGUACUUUGAGGUUCCUGGCAUGGGCCACGUCUGGGAUGGUAUGAUGGCGACUGAGCCGAUGAGUCGGUUCUUCAACGAGCAGCUCGAAGUGCGGAAUGUCUGGCAGGCACAGGUGCCUCUCAAUCUGCGGGAUUUCACAAUGGUGGUUGCUGGUGACAUGGAAUCGAAGAAUGGUGUCAAGGUCGACAGCACGAUGGUACCGGGCAAAUUGGCUAAGCUCCACUUCCUGUUUGAUCCUUUUACGCUGACUUGUGUCUUUGACACCAUCAAUGUGCUCUCAUUCCGCAUUGGCCCAAACUUCUACGAUGACUGUCAAGAUCUGCUGGUUGAUGGCCAAAGCAUGCUCGUAGCAAGGACGACGUCGCAAGGCGGAAUGGGCUUCGUACGGAGCCAGGACGGGUGGCGAAGCCUCGAUACUUCGACUGAGAGUGAGCGCGAGCAGGACGGAAAUAUUCGCCACAGUAUCGGAGGCAUGAAUGCUAUUCUCCGAUCCAAAGGCGCUUUUUCCAUCGUACAUCACUCGCCCAACACUGGCGCCGUCGCUCUCCAGAUCUCCCGCAACCUCUGCCAGUACUACGGUGCAGACACCGACAUCACCAAGGAUUAUAGCGCAGCACUGAACGCAAGCGGCAACAUCUUCAGCAUCGCGAUUAGCGAUGACCUCCCAGAUCAAAACACUCGCCAUCACCACAUCUUCGUGAACGACGAUGGCGUUACCGUGGACGCCGGCGACCAACGCAUCUACGGAUGGUCCCGGAGACAUCACCGUGGGCUUGCAGCGAUCUAUCUCCGACCUUUGCCAGACCAGCGCUUGGAGCUUGUGGUUUGGGGUAUCGAUGCGGAAGCGUUGAAGACGGCAGCAAGGUUGGUGCCGAUGCUGACGGGCAGUGGACAACCGGACUUUGUUGUUGCGGACGAGACCAUGCUGUCGAAGGGGCUUGAGGGAACGCUCGCGCUGGGCUUCUUUGACUCCUACUGGGAGGUUAGCCAGAAUUCGUAUCUCGCCGUCUAG